AUUGAAGCAUAUCAUGAACAGAAGAUCACCAGCCAGACACCAGAGAGUGACUUGAACUGUGACAACUUGAAGGGUGGUGAUGACUUGGACAGAUCGUACGCUGUACGCUGUGAGGUUAGUGUUGUUCGAGGUAUUGAAGAUUUCUGCUUCCCAACACACUGCAGCCGAGGAGAGCGCAGACGGCUUCUCACACUGGCUAGGCAAGCUUUGCAGCAACUGGAACAGGAGCUGGCAGGUCGACUUCUCUUACUAACGGACUUAAGCCAAGAGCAACAGAGUGAGCUGAAUCUUAAAGCUCCAACUUCCUUCCAGCUCCGCAUAGGUGUGGCGCGGGACUGGCCUGAUGCGAGGGCAGUUUGGGUGAGUGAAAACAGGAGCCUGUUGGUCUGGGUCAACAUAGAUGAGCACCUCAGGCUGGUAUCAAUGCGAGAAGAUGCCAAUGUGGCUGAAGCUUUUCAAUGCAUCUGCAUCAGCUUGCAAAAGGGAACUUGGGCAACAAAUUCCCCGGAACUAUAUAAUAUAAGCAACAUGGCAACCUUUGGCUUUACCGAGGUGGCACUGACCCAGCUGGUGGUGGACGGGGUUAAGCUACUUACCAUCAUGGAGAAAAGGCUGGAAGGCAACCUGAGUAUAGAUGAGCUUGUUCCUGCACAGAAGUAGACACAUUAGGAAGACAAGUGGCUGAAGGAAUACUAGCAAAAAGAAAUGAUUGCUAAGAAGACUAUGGAAAAAAUAUACCUUGCCUACUUUGAUCAAGAUAAAGAUUAGGUUGACAAAAGUUUUACUUUACAAUGGGACUUCACGAUGGAUUAAAAAACAGAUGACAUGAAUGAUGUCAGUAUUACCUAAUGGAUCGCACAACCCUGCAAUUACAAAGAGUAAUGUAUUUAUUUUACAGAGAAUACGUGUCUGAUGGAAAACAGCAAGAAACAAAUCCUUCACAAGGCACUCACUGAAAUCAUUUUAAUCCUUAUUGACUGUUAUUGGUGCACAGUAGGAGACUGUUUGACUUUUUUAAAUAAUUUCAUUAUUUAAUAUAUAUUUGUUCUAAACAGCUGCUUAGAACAGCGGGCAAAGCAGAAAACCAAAGAAGUAUUGGUUUGGAUCAGCACAUGAGAUUUGUUCGCCCUGAAAAAAUAUAGAGUAUCAUCUGUAAUUGUUUCAAAUAUGCAUGAAAGUAAAUUUGCUUGCUGAAUUGUAAAUGCAUUUAACAUCCCAGUGGUGUGGCUGUUGUUUACACUCUUCAGCAGCAGCAUACACAUUAAGAUGUGAAAGAAAAAAAAAAUCUACAUUUUUCUGCUCUCUGCGCCUAUGAAUAAAUUUACUCAAACAUGACUCUCAACCAUUAUAUUGGCACUUUAUCUGGAACCACCAGAUAGUGUGACAAGGGUGACAGGGAGG